AGGGCACUGUCUUCCAAAGCUUGGGAUCUUCUGGAGUCCUGAUUUUCCCUCCAUAGUUGGAGGGAAAAGCCUGCCCCGGAGUUCACUCACUCGAUUGUAAAUAAUAUAUAUAGCCCUGAAGCCUUCAUCUUGCCUUUGGAUUACUCCAAACUGGUCGAACAUUGCAGCAGGAUCAAGCUACAAACCGAUUGCAAUAACAACUUGGUAUGGAUUUGCAAACCAGUUGGUCAGAGUCAAGGAAGAGGAAUAUCAUUGUUCAGGAAUGUAAGUGAACUGACUUAUGACACAAACUCUGUGGUACAAAGAUAUGUAAAUAAUCCUCUCUUGAUUGGUGGCUACAAGUUUGAUCUUCGCAUUUAUGUGUGUGUUCCAUGCUUUCACCCUCUUACUGUUUACGUCUACCGUGAGGGUCUCGCCAGGUUCAGUACUAACAAGUUUUCAAUGAAGGAUAUUUCCAACAAAUAUGCUCACCUUACUAACUGUGCUAUCAACAAACAGGGUCCAGGUUAUAUGGAAAUGAAGGAUAAAGUAGGUGCUGGCUGUAAAUGGACCCUAAGACAACUGAGACAUUACUUGAAUCAAAAUGGAAUUGAUGAUUGGCUAGUGUGGCAACGCAUAGCAUCCCUCAUUGUUCUGACUAUAGCCAGUCAAAUUGUGGGAAUACCAACAUCAAAAAACUGUUUUGAAUUCUAUGGUUUUGAUAUUCUGAUAGACCAGGAUUUGAAACCAUGGCUUAUUGAGGUAAACUUGAGUCCAGCCUUGGGGACCGAUUGCGAUAUUGACCCUGCCGUUAAGAAGCCAAUGCUGCAUGACCUCUUCGACCUCUUAGGACUUCCUGUAUGCAACACGGGUCUUUGUCUCUUUGAAAGCCUAAGCAGGAUGCCAGCUGGUGAAGAAACUGAUGACUUUUCAGACGAUGACUUCCAACCAAUAAAUAAUGCCAAAACUGCUGCUAAUGUUGUUGCGAUGGCAUGCAAAUGGAAAAACCAUCUCUCCACCCAAAAUUUGAGAAAAGGAAGAUUUAAGACUAGGCCAUUAAGGAGCCAGAAUAAUAAAAAUACUUUGUCUCAGGAAGAUAAACGAAGUAGGAGGCAUCAUCAUGUUCCAAUAAAAAACAUAUCUUCAUAUACUGCCAAUUUUAAAGAUAACAGCCGCAUGAGGAACAAAAGUGAUUCUGAAGAUUCGAGCGGUUGUCAACUGGAUGAAAACCAACCUGGCUACAAGUGGGGUAAUGGAGUGGACUGGCGCUGUGGUGUGAAGGAGUCUGGUGAUUGGGUUAGGGUAUAUCCACUGUUGGUCAAGGAACACAGCGGCUGGAAGAGAUCUCCAAGUUUAGUUAAAGAGGGAAGGGUCAAAGACCGUGAAGUUAGGCAUGUGGUGGGCAACUUGAGCCGACUAUCCAAGAUGGUGAAGGAAGUAUUUACCGCCAACGAAGGAUCACCAGAUGAAAAGAAGGAUUCUACUCUCAUUAGAGACUACUUGGCUAUUGAUGCAGUCUGGCAUCCUGCUCCUGGCUUUCAUGAAGAGAAUAGUUAAAAAUGUUUUUAAGUGAAAUUAUAAAUCUUCAUGUACUUUCUAAAAUUCUAUUAAAAAUUUUGAUUAAUCAAUUUCAUAGAUGUCAGAUUCAAAAAAAUCCAUGUUGGUUUGUUAUGUAUCAAUUCAAUUAGGUGUUACAGUAAAAUGUAUAAUUCAACGACCAAAUAUUUAUUCAUUAUAAUGAUUAUUUAAUGUAUUAAAAAUAAAGUUAAUUAUGAUACAAAGCUCUCUUCUCUCUAUUGCAGAUA